UAUUCAGUAAGUACCGUGUUGCUGCGUGAAAUUGUGUUGUGAGUUGAUUGAUGUGCUGAAAUUGUGGGAUAAUGUCGUAAGACACUGGAUGAAUUUCUGAUGACUCUUCCGCAGACGGUGACGAUUUGUUAGUAGGCUCCGUGCCGGAAAGUGUGUGUGAAAUUGUCAGUUUGUCUAUGCAAGGUGGUGUUUUCUAGCUGUGUAGGCGUGCAGAAGGAGCCCCCAUUUGUGCAAUCCCCCUUUGGCUGAGGGCGCGCCCCAAAUGACGGUGAAUCUGUCGAAGAAUCGCGAGGCCAUCGUGGCGGCCUGGCGGGACGUUCUGGACGACAAGACGGACACGGACUGGGCGUUGUUCGGCUACGAGGGGCAGACGAAUGACCUGCGAGUCGUGAGCACGGGCAGCGGUGGCCUGGAGGAGCUGAAUGAGGACCUGAACAGCGGCAAGAUCAUGUAUGCCUUCGUGAGGAUCGCCGACCCGAAGACCAGCCUGUCCAAGAACAUCCUCAUCAACUGGCAAGGUGAGGGAGCGCCGGUGCUGCGCAAAGGAACCUGUGCCAAUCACACGCGGGACGUGGCGAAUCUGCUGAAGGGCGCACACCUCACCAUCAAUGCCCGGCUGGAGGACGAUGUGGACGAGGAGAGGAUCCUGCAGAAACUGAGCCUCGUGGGCUCAGCGUACAGCUUCAAGGAGCCGCGACAGGUGGACGAUUCGCACCGUGGCCCCGUGGGCACAGCGUACACGCGCGUGAUUCCGGCCAAGGAGAUCAAUGUGACGGAGCGAGACCGCUUCUGGCGACGCGAGGAGGAGGAGGAGAAGCGCCGCGUGGAAGUGGAGCGCGAGCGGAAGCGUCUGGAGGUCCUGAAGGUGGAGGAGGAGCGUCGCCAGCGCGAGGAGCGUGAGCACAGCGAGAGGGAAAUGAGGACUGCGCCGGAGAAGUCACCAGUGACAUCUCCAGCUGCCGAGGCUGCCACGCUGAUCGCCUCCAAGGCCAGUCAACCACUUGAGAGUCCGACGCGCAUGCAAACGAGCGCCGAAAUGAUGAGGCAGCAGAGGAAUCAGGAAGCGAAGGAGUUGAUAGGCUCUCGCGUGGGUCAGGCGAAGGCGAUCUUUUCGCAGAACACCACAAAUGUUCCGGUGACAAAAGCUGCAGCGCCUGUAAAACCUGCCCGGAAUUCUCUGACGCAGCGCAUAAAUUCCCUGAAUCAGCAGCAACAGCAGGAGGCUGAGCCGCCGGUGAGUGCCAAGGGGCCGACGAAUGGCCAGAGCGAAGUGCCACAACAAGUGCAGGGAUUCGAGGCGGAGGAGGAGCAAUUCAGCACGAUUAAGCGGUCGCCACACACGAAGAGUGUGGAGCAGACGCCCGUGGAGGAGGCCAAGCCACUCCCGGAGGAUGUGGCGCCCAAGGAGGACGAAGCGGUCCUGCAGGACAUCCUGGCCGACAUGGGGCUGCGCGCCGUGGCACUCUAUGAUUAUCAGGCGGCUGACGAGACGGAGAUCAACUUCGAUCCGGGUGACAUCAUCACGCACAUCGAUCGCAUCGAUGAGGGAUGGUGGCAAGGAUUGGGCCCGGAUGGCAGCUAUGGGCUCUUCCCGGCGAACUACGUGGAGCUGCUGAAGGAGCCGUAGAGGCAAAAUUGUCCUCAUCCAAUCGAUCCCCAUUUUAUACGCAUUAACGCAGUAUUUUUUCAUUUCUUAGUUUCACUGCGUCGUUUUGGCGCAUUUUUGGAAUUCUUAUAUGCAAUUUGUUAGUAAUAUUUCACACAAAUUAUAUCGAGCAAAUGACUUUUUUCUACGUUUAAUAAGCAAGUCGAUUGAGGUAUAUUCUUCUCGUCUAUUACAAAAUAUUUAACAGGAAUAAAUGUGACAAUUAUAACAUGA